CAGCAGCAGAAGAAGAAGAAGAAGCAGAAGAAGAAGCAGAAGAAGAAGCAGAAGAAGCAGAAGAAGAAGCAGCAGAAGCAGAAGAAGCAGCAGAAGCAGAAGAAGCAGCAGAAGAAGAAGCAGAAGAAGCAGCAGAAGAAGCAGCAGAAGCAGAAGCAGAAGAAGCAGCAGAAGCAGAAGCAGAAGAAGCAGCAGAAGAAGCAGAAGAAGCAGCAGAAGCAGAAGCAGAAGAAGCAGCAGAAGAAGCAGAAGAAGCAGCAGAAGCAGAAGCAGAAGAAGCAGCAGAAGCAGCAGCAGAAGAAGCAGCAGCAGAAGAAGCAGCAGAAGAAGCAGCAGAAGCAGCAGCAGAAGAAGCAGAAGCAGAAGAAGCAGCAGCAGAAGAAGGAUUUUUCCUCUCUCAGUGUCCAUUUUGUCGCUGCUGGAAAAGCAAAAAAAAAAAACAAAACAAAACAAAAAAACAAACAAACUCAGCACCAGGCAGAAACGGUGACAUUAAUGUCACACAACGUGGACUGUUGACUAAACGAGUGUAAGUAAUUCCAGCAGGAGCGAUCAGCAUCUUCAGGACUCAGCUGUGUGUCCACGAGCUGUCUGUGUAUACACUAAUAUUCAAACAUGGAGACCCCUGACCUGGACACAGAUGAUGUGACUCCACCCUCAAAAAACCAUAAACUCAAGAGAAAGAGAUCAGACUCACCAGAACCCAGCUGUGUCUCCAUGAAGAGUGAUGCGCCUAUGGAUUUUCCUCUGAACAUUAGAAACAGAGACUCCUCAUCUGCACACAGUGUUCUACAGAAGUCAGGAGACAGAAGAGAAAAGAACAUCAUCACAGCUACAGGACACGACCCAGAACCUGCUGCUGUAAAUGAAUUCCAGGAAAAGUUCAAAUUAAAUCUGAUGAAGAAAUUUCAGUGUUUAAACGGAGUGAUGAUAAACCCGGAAAACCGAACACUCCUGAAUGAGAUCUACACAGAGCUGUACAUCACAAAGGGAAACAGUGGAGACGUCAAUAAAGGACAUGAGGUGAGACAGAUCGAGGCAGCAUCCAGGAGAACAACAACAGAGGAAACACCAAUCAAAUGCAAUGACAUCUUUAAGCCGUUAUCUGAUCAAGACAAACCCAUCAGAACUGUGCUGACAAAGGGAGUCGCUGGCAUCGGAAAAACAGUCUCUGUGCAGAAGUUCAUUCUGGACUGGGCUGAAGGGAAAGCAAAUCAGGACAUCCACCUCAUUUUUCCACUUCCUUUCAGAGAGUUGAAUUUGAUGAAGGACCAGAAACUGAGUCUGAUGGAUCUCCUUCAUGUCUGUUUUAAGGAGACAAAAGAAACAGAAAUGUCCAGUUUGGAAAAGGUUCUGUUCAUUUUUGAUGGAUUGGACGAGAGUCGUUUUCCUCUGUAUUUCCAGAACACAGAGAGAGUGUGUGAUGUAACUGAAUCAGCAUCAGUGGAUGUGCUGCUGAUAAACCUGAUCAAAGGGAAUCUGCUUCCCUCUGCUCUCAUCUGGAUCACCUCCCGACCCGCAGCAGCUGAUCAAAUCCCCUCUGAGUGUGUCCAUCGAGUCACAGAGGUACGAGGGUUCAGUGACCCACAACAGGAGGAUUACUUCAGGAAGAGGAUCAGUGAUCAGAGCCUGGCCAAUAACAUCAUCACACACCUGAAGUCAAUAAGAAGCCUCUACAUCAUGUGCCACAUCCCAGUCUUCUGCUGGAUUUCAGCCACUGUUCUAGAGAGAAUGUUGGAUGAAGCAGAGAAUGGAGAGAUCCCCAAGACUCUGACUCAAAUGUACACACACUUCCUCAUCAUUCAGACAAACAUCAUAAGAGACAAGUACUCAAAGAAGCAGGAGAGUGGUGAAGAAAUGCUUCUCAAACUGGGACAACUGGCUUUUGAGCAGCUGAAGAAAGGCAACCUGAUCUUCUAUGAGGAAGACCUGAGAGGGUGUGGCAUUGAUGUGAGAGAAGCAGCAGUGUACUCAGGUGUGUGUACGCAGAUCUUCAGAGAAGAGUUUGGACUUCACCAGAGUAAAGUGUACUGCUUUGUUCAUCUGAGCAUUCAGGAGCAUCUCGCAGCUCUCUAUGUGCACCUGACAUUCAUGAUGGAAAAGAGAAAUGUUCUUAAACAGUCCUCUGACCAGUUGACUGAAGAAAUUACAAUCUCAGCUGUCCACAAGAGUGCUGUAAAUCAGGCCUUAAAGAGUCAGACUGGACAUCUGGAUCUUUUCCUCCGCUUUCUUCUGGGUCUCUCACUGGAGUCCAAUCAGAACCUCUUACAUACCUUAGUAUCACAUACAGGAAGUAGCUCCCAGAUAGGGCAGUGGAACACAGUAGAGUACAUUAGGAUGAAGAUCGAUAGAGAUCUUCCUACAGAAAAAUCCAUCAAUCUGUUCCACUGUCUGAAUGAACUGGGGGACAAUUCUCUAGUGGAGGAAAUCCAACACUACCUGACAUCUGGAAAACAAAGUGAACUCUUUUCUUCAGAGUGGUCUGCUCUGGUGUUUGUCUUACUGACAUCAGCAGAGGAACUGGAGGAAUUUGACCUGAGUAAAUAUAGCUCUACAGAUAACAUAAGAGAUGGGAUUCUUGUGAAGGUGAUGCCUGUGAUUGCAGCAUCCAGAAAAGCAAUCAUCAGGUGUGAUACAAUUCAAGAACGUGGUUGUUCAGCUCUGGCCUCAGUGCUCAGCUCAGAAACCUCCAAUCUGAGAGAACUGCAUCUGACUGUGGAUACACUGGAUCUGACUUGGAGUAAACUAGGAGACUCGAGAGUGAAGCGUCUCUCUGCUGUACUGGAGAAUCCUCAUUGUAAAGUAAAAAAUCUGAAGUUGUGUGAUUGUGAUAUCUCAGAUGAAGGCUGUACUGCUCUGGCUUCAGCUCUGAGAUCAAACCCCUCACACCUGAGAGAACUGGAUCUGGCUUUGAAUAAACUCGGAGACUCAGGAGUGAAGUGUGUCUCUGCUGUACUGGAGAAUCCUCACUGUAAACUGGAGAUACUGAAGUUGGAGUGUUGUGGUGUCUCAGAUGAAGGCUGUACUGCUCUGGCAUCAAUUCUGAGAUCAAACCCCUCGCACCUGAGAGAACUGGAUCUGUCUUCGAAUAGACUAGGAGACUCAGGAGUGAAGUGUCUCUCUGCUGGACUGGAGAAUCCUCACUGUAAACUGGAGAUACUGAAGUUGUGUAAUUAUGAUAUCUCUGAUGAAGGCUGUACUGCUCUGGCUUCAGCUCUGAGAUCAAACCCCUCACACCUGAGAGAACUGGAUCUGUCUCAGAAUAAUCUAGGAGACUCAGGAGUGAAGUGUCUCUCUGCUGUACUGGAGAAUCCUCACUGUAAACUGGAGAUACUGAGGUUGUGGAGUUGUGAUAUCUCAGGUGAAGGCUGUACUGCUCUGGCUUCAGCUCUGAGAUCAAACCCCUCACACCUGAGAGAACUGGAGCUGUCUAUGAAUAAACUCGGAGACUCAGGAGUGAAGUGUCUCUCUGCUGGACUGGAGAAUCCUCACUGUAAACUGGAGAUACUGAAGUUGUGGGAUUGUGAAAUCUCAGAUGAAGGCUGUGCUGCUCUGGCUUCAGCUCUGAGAUCAAACCCCUCACACCUGAGAGAACUGAAUCUGUCUGAGAAUGAAAUGAGUUACUCAGGAGUGAAGUGUCUCUCUGCUCUGAAGAAUGAUGAACGUUACAAACUACAGACACUGGAAUUUUAAUAGACUAUACACAUCUGAUCACUGAGUAGAACGACCUGUGACCCCUGGACAACAUUUCCUCAAUCCCAAUGAAAACCUGAGGGAUUAUUUGGAACAGCAGGUGAAAAACCACACGAACUCCAGCUGGACCCAGUCAGUGGAAGACGGAGCUGAAAUGGACAGGAACAGUUUCAUGGCAUUGGUGGGAUUCUCACCUGACCGGAUUAGCAUCUGAGGAGUUUAUGUGAAGAAGCCCCUGGGAGACUCACUGCAAGUCACAUUUAUCACUCUGUCCUUUAGCUGGUAUUUAAUAUAGUGUAGAUUUUUUGGUUCCAGGAUCAGAUCUAAACUGCUCUUUAUUUUCUCUGAUAUCUGAUCCCCAUUUCUUUGCUAGUAUCAGCUGAUCAUACCCGGUAUGGGAUCAGUGCCUUCUCUAUUACUUAAGUAUACGCUAUUUGCAGUAUUUUGCAUAAUUGUGUCUCAUAUACAGUACAUUUUGAAGAAGUGAAUAUGUUGUAUCGUUGUAUUAGACUACAACUUGGGAAGAAUACAGUAGACACUCGGAGGUAAAGUUAACUCGUGUAUUAAAACCAGAGCAAGAGAGAGAAACAUAUCAAUGCGCAUGGCUAAUUACCAAUCAGAAAUCAAUGCUAAAGGGAGUGAUUCCACUUAAAGAAAUAGAGCCACUCUAAACACUACAUUUCCCCCCCCCCUUUUUAAAUGUAUGUAACACAUGAAUAGAAAAUAAAACAUUAUAAUUUGC